AUAUUGUCUCUUUCUUAGUAUUUUACUUCUGUCACUUGUACAUUCGACUAGUCCAAUAAUACAAUUUUUUUAAAUAUGUUGCAGCAUAUCAUGAUGACGGAUGUGCAUGUUUCUAACAAUGAUGAAACUGUUGAUGUAAUCUCAAACCCGCCACCGGCUGAAGGCAAAAAGAGAAAAGGAAGAGGGAAGACAACAGGACUUUCAAUCCAAAAGAAACGCAAAGAUAGUGACAAUGGAAAGCUAAAGGUGAUUAUUCCACCAGAUCGAACUGUAGCAGUAGGUCCUGGAGCUAAUGAUUUCAUUACUGAGCUCUCUGUUAAAGUUAUGCAUAAUGCUAGGCAUGAUGUCAAGAAUUGGAAGGAAGUUCCUGAUAUAGCAAAAGAUAGGAUUGUUGCUCAUAUGCUGGACACCUUCCAACUUCCAGACACACAACACAAUCGAGAUACUAUCCUUAAAACAGCUAAUAAUUUAUAUAGAUAUCGUCGUAGUAGGCUCCAUGAUCAUUUCAAAAAAUAUGUUACAAGUUGUUCAAGACUUAUGGAUGACAUCACGAAAGAAAAGUUGCUUGAUCUUGGACCUUUGAAAGGUGAUGUGCUUGUUCUUAGGCUUUAUAGUUUUCUGUUGCAAUUCUUUUG